AUGGAUAUUACAAGUUAUAAUCUUUGUCUUAAGACAAUGGAAUCGGCUUUAUCUAAUCCAUUAACUAAAGUAAUAUCACCUAAAAUAAGUGAUUAUUCUAAAAUGACGAAGAGCAAAUUAACAUUAGAAAUAAUUAAAUCUAAAUUGGAAGAAAACAAAUAUAAAUCAUUCCAAGAAUGGGCAGCUUAUGUUAGGUCAAUGUUUUCUGAGCAAAUUAAACUUGUUGGCUCAACAACUCCUUUAGGAUUAUCACUUGAAACUAUUUUUCAAGGGAUAAAAGAAAAGUUAGCAGAUCAUUCCGUCGAUUUUGACAAUGUUCCGAAUGCUGAAGCAAUUUCUAUUAACAGAAUUUUAACGCAACUUAAUGAUAUCAUUCAAAUCAUUCCAGAAAACCUUACAGAUAUUUUCCCUCUUCCUAAUCUCGAUGAUGAAGAAAUGUUUCGAUUUGAAAAUGAAUCUGUUCCAAAACCAAAUUACAAUGAAAAUGAUUUAACCGAAAUUACUCAUGAUAUUAACUUAUUAUCAACUGAUGAAGAUAUGAAUAAGUUGAUACAUAUAGUCAAAACAUGUGAAUUUAUCACUCCUCAAGAUGAUGGCUCAGUUACACUUAAUCUAACAGCAAUGUCUCCAUUUACGAUUUCUGUAAUUAAAUCCCAGCUUAGAAAGCUUGCACAACCAAAAUAA